AUGACACUCCGAAUACCCGAAAAAGGCUCUCCAAUCUCUUUGUCACAGACCUCAUCAAUCAAGAGUAUUCUACGAACACUAUGGCGACAAAGAAUAGUAGCAUUAAAAGCUAUUGCCCUUCUGUACAUCGUUGUGAGUCUGUUUGUUUUCACAACGAGUAUAUUAGGAUACCUUACUCGUCCAUCAAGGCCCAUAUAUCCCAACUUUCCAUUGACAAGGACUUAUGAUACAAAUGGAAGUUCGCCGUUAAACGAAAUGGAUACUUAUACUCGCUUUUAUAAAAUGCAUUCCAAAAUGUCCAGCGGAUUCACGAACAAUAUAAAGCAAUACCACAAACGAGCAAGCAAGAUACCAGAGAAAGAUGAUAUAACAGUUACUGCCUUUGUCACCGAGAAUCGUUUUGAAGAUCUAAAGAGACUAACUGAACUAUGGCAAGGCCCAAUAUCUGCAACAUUCCAUAUUUCAAGCGAAAGUUUAGAUGAAAACGAUCCGAUAGUUCAGCAAGCCUUUGACAAUCUGGACCAUUUCCUCAGUCAACAUCCAAUAGUCGCCAAAUAUGUCGACAUUCACGUAAUAGCCAACGUUGUUUCUUUCGAAAAACCGGAAAUGCUCGCUCGUCCCACCAACUUUCAUCUCAACGUCGCUCGUUUUUUCGCUCGUACCGAUUUUAUCUUUUAUCUCGAUCAUGAUACGUGGCCUACCACCAAGACGAGAGAAGAAAUACGGAGAUACAAGAAGUUGUUAUUAAAUAACGAUGUUAUUUCAGUGCCUACAUUUACAUAUAAAGUCGGAGCAACAAACCUGCAGAUUCCGCGAGCUAGAGAAGAUAUUAUUUCAAUGGUCAGGAGUGGUGAUUUGGGUUUACAGGAUGACGGAUGGGAGUUGAAUCGGGGGCCUACAUGUUAUGCAUCGUGGCAAAGAGGGAAAGUGUACAAAAUUGAUGAUUUUGAAGUCCAUUAUAGACCAAACUUUGUGUCAAAAAAAGACAAUACAGCACCAUGGUGUACAGAGCGGUUUGAUGACAACAAAGCUGCCUGUCUCUAUCAAAUGUAUAUUACUGGUUCUGAUAUCUGGGUUCUUCCCGAAACAUUUUUAAUUCGACAUAAUUUCAAUCCCAAAUCUCAUCUCCUCAGACCAAGCGAAUCUAAAUGGGCGAAAGCAAUAAAUUCUCGCUUGUACACUAAAUUUUAUCGUGAGGCGUGUGUACAUUACGCUCGCCAAUUCAUCUUUAAGGGCGAAUGGGACUCGCCACGUUCAAUACAUCUUAAACAAGAAUGUAACAGGGUAUUGACCAAUUGGGGAAAGGGACUAGUUGAUGCAUGA